AUGCAGUUCGGCUUCUUCCUGCUCGUUGCUGCCGCCGUCCAUCUGGUGUGCUCAGACGUCGUCUCGGCCUCCAUCGACAAGGAAGCCGCGCUCUCCAAGAGCUUCGUGGACUCGGCCGAUGCGGUUUCGGUCAGCGGCAGUUUCUUGAGAACCAGUGAGUUACCGGACACCGACAGCGACGACCAAGCUAACGAGUCGGACGACGAAGAGAGAGGUGUGUCCGGUGUCUUGACCGAAAAGGCUGCGGGCACGGCGGCCAAACUGACCAGAUCCAAGUCGCUAGAGUCUGAAAAGGCCGUCGUGCAGAAACUGACCCGAUCCAAGUCACUUUCCGAUCUGAAGGCGGCCGGCGGACUCGAUGACGUUAGGGGCGUGAUGAAGACUUCUCUCAACAAGGAUUACCUGAGGAUUGACAAUAUGAAGAAGACCCCGGACGAUAUCGUCAGCUUCUUCGGUCUCGACACCAAGCUACUGGCAAAGGCCGAUAGACAGCAACUCCGCGCAGCUGCGAACGGGGAUAAGGACAAGCUCGGACAGCUCGAGCUGUGGUACCGCUACUCGAAAUACUACAAGCAGAAGUACCCAGGGUGGGCUAGCAAGCUCGUCGUUUAA